AGUUGCACAGGCAUACAGGAGGAGUCGAGUGCAGCUAACUGGGCUUUUUGAUCAAACUCUACUUUCAUCAGCGUUUUGAUGUCGAAAGAGGAGGCAUGGAACACCCAGCUUGUAUUUUGGAGGAAUUGAAGCAGUUUGUCGUAAAUGAUGCCCCGCCAACAGUGUAUUACAUCCCAGAUUUCAUUUCGGAAGAUGAGGAGUCCUACCUCCAAGAGCAGGUGUAUAAGUCUCCAAAAACUAAAUGGACCCAGCUUACGGGCAGAAGGCUUCAGAACUGGGGAGGGUUACCACAUCCCAAAGGCAUGCUGGCAGAAACGAUGCCUGACUGGCUCCAGGUGUACUGUGAGAAAAUUUCCUCUCUAGGUGCGUUCAGCGGGAAAACAGCCAAUCAUGUGUUGGUGAACGAGUAUAAACAAGGAGAAGGGAUUAUGCCUCACGAAGACGGCCCUCUGUACCACCCUACUGUCACCACCAUCAGCCUGGGCUCUCACACCCUCCUUGACUUCUACACGCCCGUCGGCAGCCCGGAGGACGAUGCACCGCAGACAGAGGAGAACCGCUUCCUCUUCUCUCUGCUGGUGAAGCCGCGCAGUCUUCUGAUCCUGCAGGAUGAAAUGUACCAGCGUCUCCUUCAUGGCAUCAAGCCCUGCGCCCAGGACACGCUGACAGACAAGGUAGUGAACCUGUCUGCUGCCGGGGCCCUGCCGGGGGAGACGCUGACCCGAGGCACCAGAGUGUCACUGACCAUACGACACGUACCCAAAGUUUUGAAGACAAAGCUCAUCCUGGGGAAGAAAUAAAGAGAGACUGCAUGUUGACAUGUUAGUUUGUUAUGCUACUUUAUGCUGAGUUUGCCACUGACUCCACCAAGCAUAAUGUCAAUGGGAGUCUCCUCCAGGCUGCUUUAUGAAUUAUUUUUCACACGUGUCUAUAAUGGAUCACUUCCAGCUUUGUUAAAUAUCUGUGCUGCUUCAAGUGAUCUCACUGUACCUCUGGAGCUGUAUUAGCUUUUCUGGACAUUAUACAGGGCUGCAACUAGAAAUUGUUUAAAUAUUGGGUUCAUCUCUCACAUAUUUUAAGGAUGAUGGGCUCUGUGUAGCACAUAUGACACAAAUGACACAAUUAAUUACAGAAUUAAAUGUAUGUGAUGAAUAGCCACAAAACUAUUGAAGUAUUCAAUUUCUUAUCAGAAAGCCAAGUAUAUACGUGCAAUUCUGAAGCUGUAACCACCAAAUGGUAUUUUGAGUUGAUAAAUGAUUGUAAUCAUUCAGUUGUUAAAACUGAAAUCAUUUUUUGUUGAUUCAUCAACUUCUUGUUUCAUCACUACAUACAUAAAAUAGAUCUGAAAUAAUUAUUGGUUGUGCUCUGUGUAUGCGUUGUUAACUGUGGAUUGAUUUAAGGGCUACAACUAAGAGUCAGAGCGAUAAGCACGGCCGAUAUAAGUGGUCAGUUUGAGCUUUUCACAGGUGUAUAUUGGUAAUAGCAAGUAAUUGCAUUACAGAAAUGCUGAAGAUUUGUUGCAGGUCAUUAAGAACUGAAACUGACAACAUUACAUAGUUUGUCCAUUAGAGAGCACAGACAUAUUCAUUUUCCAACUGUAAAAUGUUCUGCUGAGUAUGUUGGUUGGGCUUACUAAAAAUCUGCUUUAAUUCCAAACUAAGCAUGUGAAUGUAAUUCAAAUGUAUGUUGGCAUGUUUCAGUUGAUAAGUCUUGCAUACUCUAGAAAAUAAGACUAAUCUAACAAAACACUCCUGCACUGUACUUCAUGGCUGAAUAAUCCACCAUCAGACUCAUUAAACUGCACUAAAUAGUGCA